AUGCCUAAAAAGCGCACCUCCACCAACGAAUUAGAUCCAGAAAAUUUGUCUCAACCUAGACGUUCAUCACGUGUGACUUCUAAACCGAACUCAUUCUCUAGCUCACGGAUUCCGAGUCCCAAGCAAUCCAGUAAAGAAAACAGCAAAAGCUCAACUUCCAAAUCAACUACGAAAAGUAAAUCUACUACUGAAGAAGAUACAGGUUCAGUCUCAGCUCUUACUUCAGUAGAAGAUGAUGAAAAAGAAAUAGAAAACGUACCAGUUCAAAAGAAAGCCAAAUUAGAAAAACCAUCGGAAAUCAAAUCUGAAUCUUCAAACUCGAUUGUCAAAUUGAAAGUGGGCGAUAAAUUGAGUGAGGAGAUCGUUUUGAAAAAUCAAGAAGAUGAAGACGUUAAUCUUCUCGAAGCUAUCAAAGAGAAAGGCUUUGUUGUUUGUCUUCAGGCCAAUACACCAGGCUGUACCAAUCAAGCUUGUGGAUUCAGAGACCUUCAUCAAGAAAUUCUGGAUACAGGCUAUCAAGUUUUCGGUCUUAGUAUGGAUAGUCCUAAAUCUCAAAAGAGUUGGAAAGAAAAACAAAAAUUACCCUACCACCUUCUUUGCGAUCCUAAACAACGAUUAAUCAAGAUCUUGGGUGCUUCUAAAUCUUCUACACAAGUUCAAAGAUCGCACUAUAUCCUCGCUCCAGGUGGCGAGCUUCUUAACAUCACUAGUCCUGCCUCUCCUAAAAAUGGACAAGCCUCGUCUCACAAAAGUUGGAUCAAAGAUACCUUGAUUGGAUCGCAAUGUUCCGGAUUCCAUGCAAAAUGUUUACAACAUUUGGACUACAACGGUACAGGUUGCAUACAAUGGUCUCACACGAUGAAUGAUUUUCAUCUGGCUUUGUCAUGA